AUGUCGGCGUCGGGAUCCGGAGCGCCCACCGCGGCGUCGGGUUCGAGCUCUGCGAAGAAGGCAUUCCCCUCCGUGGACCUCCAAGGCAAUGACCUGCCUCCAUCGCCCGCCCCGUCUAGCCCCCACGGCGGCCGCCGGUACAACAUUGCCACCGAGUUGGUCUUCACCGAGGGAAGUGACCAGUACAAUGCGAGCAGCGUGCCGAUCUACCAGAGUGCCACUUUCAAGCAGACCUCCGGCAGCGGUGGUGGAGAGUAUGACUAUACACGGUCCGGUAACCCGACCCGUACCCACCUCGAGCGACACCUCGCGAAGAUCAUGUCGGCGCAGCGCGCGCUGGUAGUGUCGUCCGGCAUGGCUGCGCUGGACGUGAUUACUCGGCUGUUGCGACCUGGCGAUGAGGUUGUCACCGGCGACGAUUUGUACGGCGGUACCAACCGUCUGCUGAAGUAUCUCUCGACCAACGGCGGUAUCAUUGUGCACCACGUCGACACGACACAGCCCGAAAAGGUCUUUGACGUGCUGAGCUCCAAGACCGCCAUGGUCCUCCUCGAGACGCCCACCAACCCGCUCAUCAAGAUCGUCGACAUCGGCCGCAUCGCCACAGCCGCCCACGAAGCCAACCCGAACUGCCUGGUCUCCGUGGACAACACCAUGCUCUCGCCUCUCCUCCUGAACCCGCUCGACCUGGGCGCGGACAUCGUCUACGAGUCCGGCACCAAGUAUCUCUCCGGCCACCACGACCUGAUGGCCGGCGUGAUCGCGGUCAACGACCUUUCCCUCGGCGAACGCCUGUACUUCCCGAUCAAUGCCUCGGGCUGCGGUCUCUCGCCCUUCGACUCAUGGCUCCUGCUGCGCGGCGUCAAGACGCUGAAGGUACGCAUGGACCAGCAACAGAGCAACGCGCAGCGCAUCGCGGAGUUCCUCGAGUCCCACGGCUUCAAGGUGCGGUACCCGGGUCUGCGCUCGCACCCGCAAUACGAGCUGCACAACUCGAUGGCCCGCGGCGCCGGCGCCGUGCUGUCCUUUGAGACGGGCGAUGUGAAUGUCAGCGAGCGGAUCGUUGAGAGCGCGAAGAUUUGGGCCAUUAGUGUCAGCUUCGGCUGUGUAAAUAGUCUGAUCAGUAUGCCGUGCCGCAUGAGUCACGCCAGCAUUGAUGCGAAGACCCGCGCGGAGCGCGAUUUCCCGGAGGACUUGAUCCGGUUGUGUGUUGGUAUAGAGGAUGUGGAUGAUCUCAUUGAUGAUCUGCGACGAGCACUCGUGCAAGCCGGCGCAGUGAAUGUGACGCUGGAUGGAUUCCAGGCGACCUCGGCGUAG